AUUUUGAACACCGUGAUCCGGAAGUGCUCACAGCUUGCCAACGCUACAGCGUUUCCCAGCUGGCGUUUAGCCGAAGCUCAUAUGAGCGGUUAUUAAUGCAGGGGUUGCGGAAUUACUGCGGAGAUUUAAUCUCUAUCAUUUCGAGAUUUAUUUAAAGAUAGUGUCAUUGACCACGGUCUCAUAGGAAGCUAGUUAGAGGACUGGGUAGCGGGUUGCUAGCCGGCUAGGUAGGCUAAUGUAUUGAGGUUUAGGAAGUGCUUUAAGUGAAGGAGCUACAGGUUUUUGCCACUGUGGCAGCAGCAGCAGAAACAGAAACACGUUUGCUUGUUAGUCGUGUUUAGCUCAGUGAGACUGCUGCAGUGUGUAUUAAAGGAUAUUAAUAGCUGAAUUCUACCUUAUUUGAUGUAAAGACGUUUGUUGCGCUGCUAAUUGGCUAACCAGGGCGAAGCACAAGCGCAUUGGUUUUUAAUGCUUUCGGUUUGUUGACAUUACAGACACUGGUUUAUUAGCUUUAAGUGUGCAUCACAUACAGCUACAGUGUGGUGCUUUUUAAUACAACAGCUUGAAUAUACAGAAGAUUUGUGUUGGCAUUAGCUGGCUGAGGCUAGAGAGCAGGUUUGUGGUGAAGCUAGCUGGAGUGAACGGCGGGGUGAAAUGGACGACUUCAGCUCAAUAAGCCUGCUUUCACUGGCUAUGUUAGUGGGAUGUUAUGUUGCAGGAACAAUUCCUCUGGCUGUCAAUUUUUCCGAGGAAAAGUUGAAGCUGGUGACGGUGUUGGGAGCAGGUCUGUUAUGUGGUACUGCGCUAGCCGUCAUUAUUCCUGAGGGAGUCCAUGCGCUGUAUGAGGAGGUGCUGGAGGCAGGGCACCACGCUCACAGUCAGGCCGAGGUGUCGGCGCCGGAGCAGAAAGCUGCUGAAUCAGUGGUAGGGCAGAGUCACGAACAUGCGCACAGUCACGAGGAGCUCCAUGCCUUCAUCGGUGUCUCUCUGGUGAUGGGAUUUGUCUUCAUGUUGCUGGUGGACCAGAUUGGCAGCUCGCACAUACACAGCGGCGAUGAUCCAGAGGCAGCGAGGGCAGCCAGCUCUAAAAUCACCACUACACUUGGUUUGGUAGUCCAUGCUGCAGCUGACGGAGUUGCACUUGGAGCAGCCGCUUCUACCUCUCAGACUAGCGUCCAGCUCAUUGUAUUCGUGGCCAUCAUGCUUCAUAAGGCUCCUGCUGCCUUUGGCCUCGUCUCAUUCCUAAUGCACGCAGGUUUAGAGAGGAACCGGAUCAGAAAGCACCUGCUGGUCUUUGCCUUGGCUGCUCCUGUUCUGGCUAUGAUCACCUUCCUUGGCCUCAGCCAGAGCAGUAAAGAGGCGCUGUCUGAUGUCAACGCCACAGGAGUGGCCAUGCUGUUCUCUGCCGGCACCUUCCUGUACGUCGCCACGGUGCACGUCCUGCCCGAGGUGGGAGGCAUGGGCGGGCACAGCCACUCAGCUGGAGGAGGAAAAGGACUGAGCAAGGUGGAGGUGCUGGCACUCGUCAUAGGCUGCCUCAUCCCUCUGGUGCUCUCCGUUGGCCACCACCACUAAAAAGGGAAAAAAGACUGUUGUGAACAGGGGACUUUUAAAAGUGGUGGCCGGUUUAUCUCAUCAUGCCUCUCUGUAUGGAUCAGAUCUGUGGCACAGAAAUGGACUUGUGGGGCAACUGUGUGAUCACAUGACCAUAACCCCAAAGUGCUAUGUGCUGAUAGCAGGCAUUAAACGUACAUAAACAAGUGACACCACAGGUUCAUGCUUUUUAUGCUUUUUGUUCCUUCCUCUACACUUUUUUUCCCCUUUUUCUCCAGUUCUGUGUUCUGAAAUGUUUCUCUUUAACAAAAGUAACAGUGAACUGCAACUUUUUUAAAAUGUAAUGCAUAGUGAACAUAAUGGAGACUUUUUAUUAUGACUAUAUGAUUCCAUGUUUUCUUUCUGAUUUUUUUGUUUCUCUGCACAACAGUAUGGAUUCAAGGAAUGGCAGUUUAUCUUGGUUGUUCACUUAUAGUGUUAGUCAUCUGAGCUUCAGAUUAGAGUCCAUAUCUGAGCAGUAUGGUCAUAACAUGUAGACAUUUGUGCAGCAAUAGAGUUUUUCCAGCAUACAGCUUGUGGUUGAUAGUAUUUUCUGUGCUAAUUAAUGGAGGAGGAAUUUUUUUUGUUUAACUUAUCAUCUUGAACAAAUAGUUCUGGAAGAGUAUUAGGUUUAGUCGCUAUACAGCAUCCACUUAAUAUCUAUUUUCUAAUCUGCCAAAUUUUUUUAAUAUUUCAUUUUUAAAUGUAAUAGUGAAACAGAAAUGGUGUCUAUUUUUGGUGGUGAAAAACCGAAACAAUGCAAGGCUUUUAUACACAAGAGGGACCAUAGGCCGUGUUAAAAGAGGUAACGAGUGGUAGAAUGGUGUAUAAUUAUUUACCAUGCCGGCUAUUUUAAUAACAGUUUAAAUUAUGGUGAAGCUGGUUGGCUCGAAGGAACUGCUCAAGCUUUUUACUUGUUUGUGCAUGUUAUGUGUCACUCACAUUCAGCUGCUGUUCACUUUGAGAAGCAUCUCAGAGCUCUGCUGAUGUGGUCAGGGUGGGAUGCUUUUACUGUAAUUAUUGUGGUGCCUGCUCAAAGCAGAGCCUCUGUAUAUAAUGCAUUGUGUACAAAUAACAUUCAGAUGAGCUUAAUGAAAACUUCACUUGUAGCCCUCCUGUACUGAGUUUAUACUCGGGCUUUUAGUACAGUUAAUAUUGGCAAGGAUAAUGGGGUUGAUUCAAGUGAUGGGUAAGGGAAUGUAAUAAAUUUACAUUGAAUCACAAGAA